AUGAACGAGUCUGUCCCCACUUCACGACGCUGUGACGGUAUCGCAGACCUGGUAAACGUCGUAGAGUCCGACAUGGCAGCCACGUCUCCGACUCGCGUCGCCACGAUGGCGCUUGGAUCCUAUGAUCAUUCCGACGCAAGUGACAGCGCGCGGGGGCCAAUGAAAAAGAAACGCAUCUACAAGAAGCGUAAGUCCACGCACGCGUUACGUAAAGAGGAGAAGCGGGUGUUGCAAGCGGAGGUCGCUGCAUUGCAGGUUAAACUAAAGAACCUCGAGCUGCAGACGCUCGUGCGUCUCGAGGGAAGUUAUGCUGUGACUGCCGCAGAUUUCGUGGAUGAGGAUGAGCUCUAUCCGUAUCGUCCUCAGGAACGCAUCCGGAGCGAUACCACAUCAGCAGUUUUAGUGACGUCACACGCUGAUCCGGUUGAAGCUGAUAUCAAUGGAGAACACACAUUGUCCAAAGAAGAAGCAUUGUGA